AAAUCGACAUGCGUAGUUGCGAACGGAGUGGCGGAAGAGGGCUGUUCGAAAGCGAGGAAAGGGAGGACGAAGUAUCAAAGCAAGGGAUGUCGACAGCAUAGCUAGAGAUUCCUGGCACCAUGGCCAUGAAUAAAACCGCGAUGACUCAAUCCAGUCCCUCCCAAUUUCACCCACGUUUCCAUCGCACUUUCUUACUAGCUUCCAGUCUCUGUCUGGUUUCUGGGAUGGCCUGAGAGGUCCCAGCUUCUUGUUCCAGUGUUUUUUUCUCCUAUUCCAGUGAAGUAGCCUCGUGUGAUCGGUGUCUAGUAUUUUAGGUCUAUCCUCUUCGUUUCUGCUCGUGUUCUAUAUGUUGCGAUUCUAAGGGUUUACUCCAGGUAGUAAGCAGCAAGGAGCUGUGUGUCUUCAGUGCCGUUGGGCCUCGUAGCACGGAAAUUUUGUCGGUUUUUGUUUCUUUUCCUCGUUUGGAUUAGACCGUCGAGAGAUGGCGCAACGUACAGAAGAAUCGAAAGGAAAGCUCUCGUUUGCAACCCAGGGAGGGCAGGGAGAAGGCAGCUACAGUAAAUCCAAUUCUGCAGCCAGCAAAACUUUGAGCGCUUGCAUUGUGCCGUCCCUCGAGGAAUUUCUCUUGCACCAUUUCUCGCCGCCCCAAGGCGCCGGGCCAAUUUACUACGCGGAUUUUGGAUGUGCCGUGGGCGCUAACACGAUCGGCCUCGCUAAGUUUGUGACGGAGACGUUGAAGUCUAGGCCAGAGAUAUCUGAAAGAGACUUCUUGUGUUAUUUUGCUGAUCUGCCAACCAACGACUUCAACACUUUGUUUAACCAGUUCCCACCAUUGGCAAGUCGAGAUGGUGGCAAUGGAAAUGUGGAGGAGAGGACAUGGUUUGCAGCAGGUGUUCCAGGCAAUCAAUUCAACCGAAUGUUUCCACGGUCAAGCUUGCACGUCGCUAUAACAACGCUUACGCUGCAUUACUUACCGGAGAUCCCUAAAUCGAUCACAGACGAGUCUUCGCCCACGUUCAAUAGAGGCUGUAUCAGUUCACACGGCGCCAGCCCUGCAGUGGCCGAGGUGUUCGCAGAUACCUCGAGGGAAGGAUUGCGCAAAUUCUUUCAGUGCAGAGCAGAGGAAUUGGCAUCUGGUGGAGUGCUUGCGUUUUACUUCCCCUCGCGACCAGAUCGAGCCCAUCCCGAACGACAGAUGUCUGAAGACAGUAUGCAGUUAGCAUUGUGGAAAGUAGAGACCGCAUGGAGGGAGCUCGUGGCUGAGGGAGUCAUGCCGGAGGAGCUUCUGGACACCUUCAACGUCCCAAAUUGUCAUCCUAGCAAAGAGGAGGUUGAAGAAGUCGUAGAUCAUGAGACCUCCUGUUUCCAUAUCCAGAAACUGGAAUACAUCCACAAGCAUCCGUUCUCGCCCCCGAAUCCUGAGCUGAUUUUGAAAGAUGCACAGUCGUAUGCGAAAUGGUGGACAGGUAUAUUGAGAGGUGGACUUGGGGGCAUGCUUUCUGCACACAUGGCUCCCGAGCUCACCGAAGCCUUGAUGGAACGAUUCAGCAAGCACAUUGAGAAGGAUUACUUGGAGAAGAAACCCCAGUUUCCAAUGAUUAUGAAUAUUUGCAUGGGCAUUCUUAUCAGAAAGUGAAGAGCUUUAUCGGACACAAGAUGGCAGGCAGUUCUUCGAAAGGCUCAUGGUUCCGCUUCAGCCGAUUAGUGAAACCUGGAGCAGCUGGGUGUUAGAAAUGUGCAGUAUACAAAUACUCAUACAAUACAAGUCAAUCUAAAGACAUUGUUUUCACAGGGUAUUUUGGUUUAAAAUAAUAUAUAGAUGAAAACAUCAUACCUGGAUUUCUGUAUUCCAUACAGGAAAACAUUGAUCCUGCAGACAAAGUAUUUGAUGCAUCCAACAAGAAAUUUCAAACUGUUUAUAAUCUAAUAAUUAUUGUGAGCGUAUUAAAAUUGCUCACAAAGUGGACAUGAA